AUGGCCAAUGAUCUGCGCGCUCCCAAUCCUCCAUGGCUUGAUUUCAUCUCAUCUUCCACCGCGCCCCCCAAAAAUAUCACUGCUGAAGAAAAGCUUCGCAAUAAGCUUACAUUCUACAGUCCACUUCCGCUCCACCGCAAAAGACCAGAUGACACAGACGCUUUUCUGACGAAGUUCCUGAACUUGCUUCCAACCACUGAGGGCAAGGACAACUUAGCCUACGCCGCACAUCUAUACGCUGGCGAUAGUGAGCUACGAGAUCUCGCCGAUAAUCUUGGCGAUAAUAUUCUCAGGCCGUUGAAAGCAAAAGGUGGAAGGCCAAAGCAAAAUGGCUCAACUUCUAGCUACAGUCGAGAGGCACUGCGGUUUAAUUGUCUCAAACGCGACGGUAACAAAUGCGUGAUUUCGGGACUGUAG